AUGCAGUUAGCGGAGCACAUGCUGAACGUGAGCCCGCAGAGGCAUCAACAAUCUUGUAACGGUGUUAGCCCUUUACCUCAAGAUACUACUGCUUCCUGCGAUGAACUUGCAGAAGUGAGAGAAGCAGUUGUCAGCAUUAUGUCUAAUAAUUCAGAUGAAGUAGUGUGUCAAAGCACAAAUGAUGGAGAAUACAGACGCAGCUUACCGGCUUCACAAAAUGCAGGGGAGGAACCCAGCUGUUCACAGAGAAAUUAUUCCAGUCCUCAAGUGGUUAUCUUCCAGCUGAAGGGUGGUACUCAUAUACUCUGUGUAAACAAUACUGACACAAUGAAAACAGUUCAUUUGGUCCCCCAGUAUCAAGAACAGCAUAAAUACCUUCAGCCAGGUAUCAGCAUUUUGAAAAAUAUUAACAGUAUGUCAGCUGUCAUCUCAAAAUCAACUGACUCUGUGACAUCUGUACUGGGACAGUUUUUACCAGUUGGAGGGAAACUGAAUACCUAUGCACAAGAGGGCAAGGGCAAAGCAGGUGGUGACAGAUCUGCCCAUAACAGAAACACAAACAGGCUGCCUUUCAGUUCCUGGGAUACAAAGUCUAAGAAGCCAUGCAACUGUACUAAAUCACAGUGUCUCAAGUUAUACUGUGAUUGUUUUGCCAGUGGUGAUUUCUGCAGUAACUGCAACUGCAAUAAUUGUUAUAACAAUCCACAGCAUGAAAUAGAACGGUUUAAAGCAGUUAAGGCUUGUCUUGACAGAAACCCAGAAGCUUUCUUGCCAAAGAUUGGAAAAGGGAAAGUGGGGGAUAUUAAGCCUCGACAUAACAAAGGAUGUAACUGUAAGCGUUCAGGGUGCCUGAAGAACUAUUGUGAAUGCUUUGAGGCUAAAAUUAUGUGUUCAUCUAUCUGCAAAUGUGUUGGCUGUAAAAAUUAUGAAGAAAGCCCAGAUCGAAAAACACUAAUGAAUAUGCCAAAUUAUAUGGAGAUUAGAAAUAAUGAAGGAAAUGACUCUGUAUCAUUUUCUACCUCUGAAAUAUUAUCAAAACCCAGAAAAGACAGCAGGCAGUCUAAUACAUGUAUAUCAUGGGAAGUGGUUGAGGCAACAUGUGCCUGUCUCCUGGCUCAAGCAGAAGAGGCAGAAAAAGAAUCUUACACUGUCUGCCUAGCUGAACAAAUGAUUUUGGAAGAAUUUGGGAGAUGCUUAUCACAGAUUCUACACUCUGAAUUUAAAUCCAAAGGGCUAAAAGUUGAAUAA